AUGGUGAAAUAUAUUCCUGGACCUCAAAAUAUCGCGGACUGUCUAUCCAGAUUGAUUUCAGCGUCCUCAGACUCUGAGGAACCAAAACGAAAUGAUGCAGAGACAUAUAUCAAGCAGAUUGCAGAGAACUCGACUCCUGUUGCUAUGACAACACGCGACAUCGAACGCGCCUCAGGAGAUGACCAGGAAUUAGAAGCUCUACGGGAAUGCAUUGUUAAUGGCAGGUGGUCCGAGAUUCCCUACAAGGAUUACAUACCUGUACGAUCAGAACUGUGUGCGAUAGGGAAACUUGUGUUGCGUGGGACACGUAUUGUGAUUCCUGAAUCUCUUCGAGAAAGUGUACUUAACCUAGGUCACGAAGGACACCCAGGCAUUGUUGCGAUGAAACAACGAAUAAGGUCAAAGGUUUGGUGGCCAAAAAUGGACAAACAUAUUGAGAAACAUUGUCAGUCAUGUUACGGAUGUCAAUUAAUGGCUAAACCAUCAAAUCCAGAACCCAUGGCUAGGACAGAAUUACCAUCAGGUCUUGAUUUUGACAUAGAUAUUUAG